CAGAGGAGCACGUCGCCCCCAAUCCGCGGGGAGCGUCCCCCAAAAGCUGGAAGGGGAAGAGGCGGAGCGGGGGCGGUGCGAGCCCGCCUUUGGGAGGGACUGCUGUCCCUUGAGGAGGGGCCUUGCUGGCUCUCUCUCCUCCUCCCGCCCAAAAGAUGUUUUCCUUGUGAUUUGGGGGGUCCCUCUGGGUCUAGAAGGCAAAGGGGCAGGGAACUGGAGAGGGAGGCUUCACUCCAGCAACCGGUGGGAUCUUCUGCGGGGACCCAUCCCGCUUUGGCCAAAGGGCAUGAGAGCAGCAGCAGCAGCAACAACCACAAAGGAGCCGAGGGCUGAGCUUGGGCUCUGCAGCGCAACAGCAGCGGACUCCUGCAUGCCGAGCCAAGAUCGGCCUCGGACGGAGGGAGGUAGUGGCUCCUGUUUUUCAAAGAGGCCUGUCUGGUGACUACUAUGAAGUGUUCAGUGCUUUCAGAGAGCCAGAAACUUGUCUUGGCACUGGAACAUGCCCUCGCAAGAGAAGCAAAGAUUUGGAAGGUGCCAACUGUCAGUGAUUUUACAUUGAAGGGUACAGACAUCUCCCCAUUGUAUUAUGAGAAAGCAAUUUUGUGGAUCAAAGAGUUAAAUGCACUGUUUCAGUUUUGUUCUGAAACAUUUGCAUUGGCUGUCAGCUUGCUGAACCGAUUGCUGGCAACUGUGAAGGCACAGCUAAAAUACCUCAGAUGCAUUGCAAUAGCAUGCCUCAUUCUUGCAGCAAAAAUCAAUGAAGAAGAUGAGCUAAUACCAUCAGUAAAGAAGCUUGCAGUGCAGAGUGGUUGUAAGUGUUCUCCAGCUGAGAUAUUGAGAAUGGAAAGGAUUAUACUUGAUAAACUUCACUGGGAUCUUUACACAGCAACAUCAAUGGAUUUCUUAAACAUCGUAAGCACUAAACGUUUGGUUUCUUGCACCAAAUAA